CCUUAAUAUAGUUUUUUUUUUAAUUAUAUGUUUAAAUAGUUUUCCUUUUGGGCAGUAAAUACCUUAAUUUACAAUUGAACAUUCUAGAGUGACGUCAUUGACAGCGCGGCCAUAUUUGUUGAGGGGCACACAAUUUGUAAAUAUAACGUUGUUGAAUGCAGAAAUAGGAGUUUGUUUUUUAAAGUUUUGUGAAAAUGCCUUCGUUUUGUUCAGUUGUAAAGUGUUUAAUGAGAGCUGAGAGGGACAAUGUAAAGUUUUUUAGAAUACCCGCUGCUUUAAAAGAUCGAGGAGAUAUAUUAGAUGCCUUGUCAAAUGAACGUCGUGAUCUUUGGAUUAAGUCUUUAAAAAGGGGCCCUUUCACAGACACGUUCCUAAAAAAUGCUCGAAUAUGUUCUAGGCAUUUCAUAAACGGUGCUCCCGCUGAGUUGGAAGAUAAAGGCAAUCCCGACUGGGUACCUAAUCAAAAUAUGGGUUAUGUUACAAUUAAAACUGUAACUAAAAAAGCAGUAGAGAGACAUGACAGGGCAUUAAAUAGGAGAAAAAGGGUUAAGUUGGAGAUAAAUGCAGAGGAAAGCAAGACAGGAAUCGACCCAGGUAUCAAUCCAGAAAAUGUCAAUACUCCCAGCUGCAGUAACACCCAAAUGGAGAACAUGAAUGAAGAAAUUGCGGCUACAAAAGUUAGUGAAACACAAACUAGUAUUGCAGUGCAAACUGACCUAUUAAUUGACAAUUUGUGUAAACUUUUUGCAGAUCUUAAGUUUUGCAAUAGUCAAAUAUACAAGCUAAAACAAAGGCUUGAAAGCUGUGAUUUAAAUGAAGAUUCAUUUAAAAAUAAUGGCUCUAAAUGUUUAUAUUUUACCGGUCUUAGCUGCAAUAUAUUUUUUACAUUAUAUGAAGAUAUUAAGCCAUUCUUAUCUGUGAAAAAAGCAUUGUCACCUUUCCAACAGUUGCUGCUCACAUUAAUGAAAUUUAGAUUAAAUUUACCCUUUAAGUAUAUGUCAUAUCGAUUGAACAACUGUUUCAGAGACCUUCUUAAGUACUUUAAGUAUCUUAUACUUAAGACUGAAACAUUUUGUUUUGGGGCCAUCUCGAGACCAGUUACUCAGAAAUGUUCCUGCUUGUUUUAAAGAGGCAUUUAAUGACACAGUAGUCAUAAUAAUCGACUGUUUUGAGGUUUUUAUAGAGACUCCAUCUAAUGUAUUAAACGCCUCACAGUGUUGGUCAAAUUAUAAACAUCACCAAACCAUAAAGUUUUUAAUUGGAAUCACUCCCCAAGGUACAAUAGCUUAUAUAUCAAAAGCUUGGGGAGGGAGAACAAGUGAUAAAUAUUUAGCAGAAAUUUCAGAUUUUUUAAAUUUAAUUUCACCAGCGGAUGUCAUUUUGGCAGAUAGGGGAUUUUUAGUAGAAGACUCUGUAAAAAUUUUAGGAGCCAAACUGGCAAUGCCGGCAUUUACUAAAGGAAAAAGUCAGCUUCAUCCAAAAGACCUAGAAAGCACUAGAAAUAUUGCCACUGUGAGAAUACAUGUUGAAAGGAUAAUAGGUUUAUUAAAGAAAAAAUUUAAAAUUUUCCAACAGAGUAUUCCAGUAAGUAUGUUGUCAAAAAAAUCUGCUGUUGAUGAAAUAAUUGUUAUAUGUAGUGCAUUAAUAAAUUUAUGUAACUCUGUAAUACCAAAUAAUUAAUAAGUUCUUAAACCCUCAUCGUACCAUGACCCAUAGGCAAUUGGUAGAUCAGGGACUUUAUUAAACUCCUCCUUUUCGAUUUCUGAAGCAAAAGGUUCAAUGAGGCGGCAAAUUGCUGGAGAUUCGUUUCCUAUUUUCAGUUUCCUUAGAAAAGUUUCUGAUUCUUCCACAGUCAUUGAAAUAUUUCUUUGCCUCAGUAGAUAAGAGGGACCAGCUUCUUUAUGUGACCAACUCAUUUCACUAAGUGUAGUUAUAUCAACAUUUUUUAUUAGUGGUACCCAAACUGCUAGGCGCUCUGUACAUAAAAUUAGAGAUUCAUAGGGUGUGCUCGGUCUCAUGUGCAAAUAAAAAAGAACUGUUGCUAUAUGACUGUGCAGUGCGCACUUGAAACACUUCCAUCUUGCAGCAAAAUUAUCCAAGUCUCAAGGGGCUUUACUCGGAAACGUUGUGAGUGUCUAACCUGUAAUA